CUCUGAAUCAAACUUAUUACUCCUCCAUCUGAUCUCACCCAAAGAUAGCUUUGCUCUGUCUCACUCUGUUUCUCCUCCUCCUCCUCCUUGUUUCUCUCCUUCUCCAAUCGCCGCCUACGCUACGUACCCUUCCUUUUUCUAAAUCAAACAAAGAAUGGGCAAGGGUGGUGCUCUCAGUGACGGUGUCCUCAAGAAGAUCUUGCUUUCCUACACCUAUGUUGCCAUCUGGAUCUUCCUCUCCUUCACCGUCAUCGUUUACAACAAGUACAUCCUCGAUAAGAAGAUGUACAAUUGGCCCUUUCCCAUCUCUCUUACCAUGAUCCACAUGUCCUUUUGUGCUUCUCUCGCUUUUCUUCUUAUCAACGUCUUCAAGGUCGUUGAGCCUGUCACUAUGUCACGAGAUCUUUACCUCUCCUCCAUUGUCCCCAUCGGUGCUUUGUAUUCUCUCAGUCUCUGGCUCUCUAACUCUGCCUAUAUUUAUCUCUCUGUUUCCUUCAUCCAGAUGUUGAAAGCUCUUAUGCCUGUCGCCGUUUAUUCUAUCGGCGUUCUUUUCAAGAAGGACAACUUUAAGACUGAUACCAUGCUUAAUAUGUUGUCGAUCUCCUUUGGUGUCGCCAUCGCUGCUUAUGGUGAGGCAAGAUUUGACGCUUGGGGUGUUCUUUUGCAAUUGGGUGCCGUUGCUUUUGAGGCAACUAGAUUGGUAAUGAUUCAAAUCUUGCUCACAUCAAAGGGAAUUACUUUGAAUCCUAUUACUUCACUCUAUUAUGUCGCGCCUUGUUGUUUGGCUUUUUUGGUUUUUCCUUGGAUUUUUGUGGAGUUGCCGGUAUUGAGGAGCACAUCAAGUUUUCAUUUUGAUUUCGUGAUAUUUGGGACUAAUUCUUUUUGUGCUUUCGCCUUGAAUCUUGCGGUUUUCCUGCUUGUUGGAAAAACAUCUGCUUUGACUAUGAAUGUGGCUGGUGUUGUUAAGGAUUGGUUAUUGAUCGCGUUUUCGUGGUCUGUUAUUAAGGACACCGUUACUCCGGUGAAUCUGUUUGGAUAUGGGUUGGCGUUUUUGGGGGUUGCGUAUUAUAAUCACUCGAAAUUGCAGGCAUUGAAGGCCAAGGAAGCACAGAAAAAGGCUGCACUGGCUGAUGAGGAAGCAGGGAAGUUGUUGCAGGAGAGGGAAGGUGAAGGAGGAUCCACGAAGAGGAACGAGUCUCAGGAUUGAUUUAUGAGUUGGGAUAUUAUGAAAAUAAGUGCAAGGAGAGGAGGAUGGUGAAGAAGAAAGGUUUAUGAGUUGGGACAAAAGAUAUUUUCUUUUGCUCAUUGGAUGCAUUUUAGGUUUGGUAUGCUGUUUUAGUUUUUGGUUAUUAUGCUAGUUUACUAUGCCUGUUUCGUAGUAGUGUCAGGGUUUGAGAUUCAUUUCUUGUUGCUUACAGAGCCGAAUCAUGUAUCUUAGUAGAGUAAGAAUCUCAAAUACCCUGUUAUCUUUUAAUUGUUUUGUUUUUCAUUUAACUAUUUUAUGUGUCUGUAGGUGUUUACUUCUUCCAUUGAUGGAGAUUUAAUGCUUAUUUAUAUAUAUUCCUUUUGACUCAUGUCAUUUAUAUUAAUGAUACAUAUGAAUUUGGCA